UCUCUCUCUCUCUCUCCUGUUGAAAAAUUCUCUCCCACCCUGCAAGCAAAGCAGCUUUCACUUUCAUUCUUUCUUUUUAUUUUUUUAUUUUUUUAUUUUUUUAUAUAUACUCUCUCUCUCUCUCUCUUUGUCCCUCUCUACUUUUCUUAUAUCUUCUUUCACUCUCCUUUAGGUGAUUCUGGUUUUCUGUGCAAAGCUCAUUGAGAUCUGCUUCAAAAAUGGGUUUCACCCAAGGUGCUCUCUUUCACUCAAGAGAGCCUCCUCCUAAUCCCACCACAAAUGCUGCACACCCUUCUUCUUCCUCUUCCUUUUCCUCUUCUGUAGUUACAGAUCAUUACUGUGACUAUAAUGAGCUUAAAAUCAAAACCAUUUUGAGGAAGAUGAUUUGGGAACUUGGUUUUGCCUGUGUUCGUCCCCCUCGCCGCCGGCGAAGCUCCAACAAGAAUCACGGCGAAUGUGACAACAACAACAACAACAGCAAGGGUAAGAAUUUGGAGCAUAACAAGGCUUGGUUGCUAGCGGAGUCUGGUGGGUGUGGUGCAGAGCUCACAAAUGCUGACCCACAGUCGGUUCACUCGUCUUUCAGGUUCAGUUUCUGCUCUCAGGUUGAGCUUGAAUCCAUGAACAUGAGCUCCUCAACUGCAGCGACGGUUCUGAUGGUCAAUUUGGACAAUGGGUUGUGCGAGUCUCGUGCUAAGGAACAGAAAUGGAGAAGGUUUGAGUCGCUUGAGAGGAGCAUAUCCCCAGUGGCCAAUACUCUGGUGAGAUUCAGCUAUGGAGAAAUUCUAUCCGCUACUCGUAAUUUCUCCAAAGGCAGAGUUUUGGGAAGAGGAGCUUUGAGCUGUGUUUUCCGUGGGAGAGUUGGUGUUCUGAGGACAACUGUGGCGAUUAAGCGGUUGGACAAGGAAGAUAAGGAAUCUGCAAAAGCAUUCUGUAGAGAAUUGAUGAUUGCUAGCUCUCUACACAACCCAAAUGUUGUUCCUCUUGUGGGUUUUUGUAUAGAUCCAGAGGAGGGCUUGUUUUUGGUGUAUAAGUAUGUCUCUGGUGGAAGCUUGGAGCACCAUUUGCAUGAGAAAAAGAGGGGAGUGAAAGGCACUGGAAUACUUCCUUGGUCUGUAAGGUACAAGGUUGCCAUUGGGAUUGCUGAAGCAGUAGCAUAUUUACAUAAUGGAACUGAAAGAUGUGUUGUUCAUAGAGACAUUAAACCAUCAAAUAUUCUUCUUUCUUCCAAGAAAACACCCAAGUUAUGUGAUUUUGGAUUAGCCACAUGGACUUCUGCACCAUCAAUCCCUUUCCUCUGCAAAACUGUGAAAGGAACAUUUGGUUACUUAGCUCCUGAGUAUUUCCAGCAUGGGAAAGUAUCAGACAAAACUGAUGUCUAUGCUUUUGGGGUAGUGUUAUUGGAAUUAGUAACUGGCCGAAAGCCAAUUGAAGCAAGAAGACCACAAGGAGAGGAGAAUUUGGUCUUAUGGGCAAAACCCCUUUUGAGUAAAGGGAAAGGAGCCAUUGAAGAGUUGCUUGAUCCACGACUCAAAUGCAAAUUGAGAUAUUCAAACCAGAUAGCUCGGAUGAUUGAAGCUGCAGCUGCCUGCAUAACCAGUGAAGAAUCUCGUAGGCCGGGCAUUUGUGAGAUUAUUGCAAUACUGAAAGGUGAAGAAGAACCUGUUUUCUCUAAAAGGAAGAAAUCUAGCUUUAUAGGGAAUGGAUGUGUUAUUGAUUGUUACCCUCAAUUACAACAAACAAAUAGUGAGAUGAAGAGUCACUUAGCUUUGGCUAUGCUAGGAGUUUCAGAGUUUGAGGAUGAUGAUCACCUUUACUGUCGCUGACGUGUGGAAUAUUUUCGACUUUGAAGAUUUAACUUUCUUGGUUUUUAACUUGGGUUUCAUUGUGUUGCUUGCUUGAACAGGGUGAUAGAUUUUAGAACUGAAAACAUGUUGAAAUUGUAAAUAGGAAUAGGAGUCAUGAUUUUGGUGUAUAUAUUGUGGGUUUACCUGCCCCUAUUUCUCAGAGGGAAAAGUGUAAUAGAUUUGUCUUCAAGUUUAGAGUUCCUAUUCCCAAUGAGGUGGAUGAACUUUUUGUUUUCUGGCAAUCCUUGAAUUUGCACAUUAAUAUAAUUAUAGCAGCAUCCAUGUA